GAGUGGGGCUAUAAAUGACCAUGGUAUCCACUAUCAAGUAAAGGUGUGUUCUUAUCACUCACAGGACUCAGGAGUGAAACUGUGACAAGAAGAAGCAACAAACCACAUCACAUUGAAGCAGAGCCAGUGGAAAUGGAAACCAUGCAGGAGUUGAUCCCAUUCGCCAAAGAGAUGCUGAGCCAGAAACCUAGCCGUGGGCUGCUGAAGGUCUACCUGGUGGGUUCUGUGUUUGCAGUGCUGGGGACAGUCAUUGGCCUGGUCGAGACCGUGUGUCAUCCUUUUUCCUCUGGUGAGGCAAUGGACGCAGAGAUGGUCCUCAUGAUGGCCCGGGAACAGAGGACUGUUGAGGCCGAGACACAGCGCAGUGUGGAGGGCCAAGAGGAGGAGGAGGACGAGGAGGAGGAGCUGGCUCAUGAAAAUGGGGCCACAAACCAGACCAUGACCCUCUCCAAAAUUCAUAGACUCAGCCAAAGGAGCAUGGCCAACAGGCUGCAUGCUUCUUAAAGGGGUCAAUCCCAAAUGACUUGAGAUAUUUAUCAGAGAACUGCUCCAGCACCACUAAGCUGUGCAACACGUACACUGAAGCUUUAUAGACUACAGCUACACAAGAAGUGGCUGAGCUGCCUGCCAUUCUGUGCUGCUUAUUAAUGAUGCCUUCGGUGCUGUUGGAAAUGUCUCAUAGUAUUCCCAAUACAUUGGUCAUACACAAAAGACCCCCAAUGGCCUCAGUGACAGCUAACAUGGAAGAGUUGAGACUUUUUGACAGGCUCACCUGCUGUCAUGAGAGAGUGGAAAUCAAGUUACUAAUACAGUGUAUGGUUUAAGUGAAGUGUACAUGAACUCAGUUAGUUGUGGUCCCCAAGGGACCCUGCAGCUGGUUCCCCUGGAUCCCCAGCAAGUAUAGGAAUCAUUAAAUGUGACAAAAUGAAAAAUGCUCCUGAUGGAAAAAUGGAUACAUAUAAAUGACAGACAGUACAUAUGUUUAAGAUGUUAAACUGGUCUCUAAAUAUGAAUCUACUGUUAUUAUAUGUGCUCAAUAUAAGCUUUUUUUCAUUCUACUGCUGGUUUAGUUUGUGAAAGUCAUAAAGACAGCUGGCUGAGCAAACUACUUUCUACACUUCACUUAGGAUUUCAGGACUUCAAGCUAGGGGUUGAUGACGAGUACCUGAAGACAGCAUUGAGUUGAGAGUCUGCCUGGCUGUGUAGCACCACCUGUUGUCUGGUGGUAGUACCUGAUCUGCCACUCCACCCACAUACUGUGUUCAAUGAGAGGAACGUUUUUUGUCGAAAUGAUGUAAAUAUACAAUCUUUUUUCAUACCAAUAAAGUUGAUAUUAUUUAUUAA